AUGCUGAUACGCAAUGCAUUCUCCCCCAUGAUGCGGGUGGCUGUAACUGGUGGUCGCCCAUCGCUGUUGAGCAUCCGAGGAGGACUACCCAAGAAUUCAGCAUGGUUGCUCCACCGACCAAAUAAUCCAGCCCUGAUUUCCGCUGCUUUUUUGACCACCCAAUCGAAUGGAUCUCCUGUCCAUGCAGCAUCAUCGUCCUUGCGAUCUCGAAGGACACAACCUCUGGCACCACUGUUGCCAUUUCCACACCAUCGUGCCGUGGCGCUCUUUUCGUCCUCUGGUGGAGCACCCAAAGGCGGUGGUCGCGCUGGAUUGUUUGCCAGUGUCCUUGGAGCUGGCGCUCUGAUUGUGGGAAAGGGAAAAUACAUUCUGGGUGCCCUCAAAUUGACCAAAUUUGCCUCCUUGGGAAGCAUGUUUGUGACUGUGGGAGCCUACACUAUGCUCUUUGGUUUCCCCUAUGCCGUCGGAAUGGUGGGACUCAUUGCAGUUCAUGAGACCGGACACGCCCUGGUGAUGCUACGAUACGGCAUUCCAUUUUCUCCCAUGGUAUUUGUGCCCUUCAUGGGAGCCGCUGUUGCCAUGAAGGACAUGCCCAAGGAUGCCAUGCAGGACGCUGUCAUUGCCUUUGGAGGACCGGUAUUGGGCACGGUGGGUGCCAUGGGAGUGGCCGUCGCAGCCCAAGCCACAGAUUCGCAACUCCUCUUUGCCUUGGCCGAUUUUGGGUACAUGAUCAACUUGAUCAAUAUGAUCCCCAUCGGUGCCUUGGAUGGAGGCAAGAUUGCGGGAGCAUGCAGUCCCUAUGCCGGUGUCGUUGGAUUGGGCAUGGGUGGUGGCCUUCUCUAUGGGGGAGUCAUUUCAAAUCCCAUUUUCUAUCUCGUCAUGCUGGCGGGAGGAUGGUCCACCUUUCAACGAUUCUAUGAUCCAAAGGGAUAUGCGCCACCAAACUUUUAUAAGAUUACACCCACCCAGAAGGCUGGCAUCUCGGCGGGAUAUGUGGGUCUGGUGGGGACCAUCAUGCUGGCCAUGUCCGCAAAUGCAGUCAACAAAAAAUCGCCUGAGGAAAUCAAACGAUAUCAGGAGCUUUCCAUUGAUGCCAGAUAUUAG